UUGAUUCUCAUCAAUAGUUCUUGCCUAGCGUGCUACUCAGGCUAAGCAACUUUUCAAGCUUCAACGCAACGGACAACUCAGCGCUGCAAAGCGGCCGCUACCCAGGACUUGUGACUCAAAAUCUUAUAAGUAGCGAGUUUGACCUGCUUAGGUAGAGCGCCGGGCUAGAGCCGAUUAGCGCCCUGCAUUCAAAGCCGCGCGACAGACUUCACGUGCGGACUGCGUGCGAGCGGCCGUGAGGAUGGGCCGCUUGCGCGUUGGAGCGCGCACCAGCCGUGAUGGCCGCAGCCGGACGCCAGGGUCCGGCAGUGGACUCCUCCGCGAACGGUCCGAAUCGCCUUCUCGCUGCGUGCAAACAACCAAGGCCGUCCUUUUGCGUCUCCGCACCUACCGCUUCCACAUAAUACUAGCACUUGUGGCUGUUCUCGGAGUAGCUUGGCUGUUCUGGCCCAGCCACAGCGCCUCGCCGCGGCAACAGCCGGUCGGUGUGCGGGGCGCGGGCAGCACUCAGUGGAGCGCCGGCGCGCGCCGAGGCGCCGAGGCAGCAGGCAUGCCCGUCCGCCGAGGCGGCAUCGGCGCGGCGGGCGCUGAGGCUUCCGCCGCCGCCGGCAGCGCGGGCGCGUACGCCGCCAAGGUCACACACGACCUGCGCAGCCUGGCGGAGCAAGGCCUCCAGGCCAUCAUCAGCUCCCGCGCUGGCCCCACUCGCGACCAGCUGGUCGACAUCAUGGCUAAGGUGCCGCCCAAGCACCACACCAUGCGCUUCCAGGUGUGCAACGGCUUUGCCAACCAGCGGCUGUCGGUGGUGUACGGCGUGCUGCUGGCGCACCGCCUGGGCCGCAGCCCUGUGCUGCCGGUGCUCAUGCGCGACGGCAUCCAGCGCGACGACAAGACCGUCACCGCGCAGGGCAGCAACAAAGUGGCGUUUGAGGAGGUGUACGACCUCAAAUACUUCCUGCAUGAGAUGGCCAAGGCCGGCAUCCGAGUGCUGGAGCCGCACGAGGCGCCUCUUCCCAGCGCCUACACGGAGGUGUUGCUGGGCUCCCUGGGCGCCAACGUGAGCGGUGCGCUCAACACCAGCUACAGCCACGUGCAGCACCUGGCCGUGGACUGCCCGCUCUUCAAGAUGUCGCCCCCCGAGCUGGACGGCCGGCAGGACGAGCCCAUCAUCUGGAGCGUGCUGGACGCCAUGCGGCCCGCAGACAAGCCCUGGGAGUACGUGGAGGAGAUGCAGCACGCCAUCCUGCAGCUGGGCGGACUGAACGGCAAGCCCGCCGCCAAGUACAACUUCCUGCACCUGCGCAUGGAGAACGACUGGGUGGAGCACUGCAAGCGCUGGACGUCCAUCCCGGACGGCGUGGUCCGCGACAACUGCUACAACGGCACUGAGGACAUUGACGUGCAGCUGCGGCUUUUCGCCUUCAGCACCGACGUGCCGCUGUACGUGGCCACCUUCUGGGACGACGUGGACCCCGAGCGCGCCAAGAAGGUGAUGGGCCGGCUGGUGGAGGCGGGCUACCGCGUGGUCACCUCCAACGACGUCUUCCCGCCCGCCAUGAAGACCGAGGGCCGCGAGCUGCGCGCCCUGGUGGAGUACAACGUGGGCUUCGGCGCCAACCGCUUCAUCGGUAACAGCGUGUCCACCUUCGCGGCGCUGGCGCUGUUGGAGCGGCGGCACCGCGGGCAGUGGGCGGCCUACUACAACGGCGGCAACCUGCCCAUCGCGCCCUACCUGCCCGUGCACAAGAUGGCCUGGGUGUUCACCUACAACAGCUGGAGCGCCAAGUACGACUACAUGCUCAAGGCCGCAGUGCGCUCCGCCGCGCACAUCAACACGCUCAAGCCCUACUGCAUCUUUGACGGCAACACCAGCUCGCCCAUCGGCCGCUGGCUGGUGGACAACAACGUGACCAUGAUCCGCCACGUGCCCACCUGGCGCCAGGAGCUGAUCAAGAAGGCGCAGGCGCGCAUGAAGGACAACCUGCAGCACAGCCACCUGUACAAGAACCCGGACAUGCUGGUGUCCACCUUCCAGCGCGUGGACCUGCCGGUGGUGCCCAUCCUGGACCAGUACACCUACGUGCUGUACACGGACGCCGACGUGUACUUCAGGCGGCCCAUCAACCUGGACGACUUCGGCUUGCCGCUGCCGCGCUCCGUGUCCAUGAGCUACGAGUUCUACAAGAUGUUCCCCUACAACGCCGGCAUCAUCAUGGCCAACCUGCCCACCAUGCGCCGCAACUACAAGGCCUUCCUGUCCAUGAUGCUGGACAACGACGACGGCCUCUACUACCCCAACUACGGCCCCGCCGACCAGGGCAUCAUCAACAAGUUCUACGAGCACGACCUGCGUAGCCAGAUGCUGAACCAGGCCUUCAACACCAAGCCCUACAACGACUUUGACGGCGCCUCCUUCCUCAUCCACUACCACGGCCCCAAGCCGCACGAGUACCUGUCCUUCCUGGAGACCGGCAAGUGCGACUUCUACUCCGUGUGCGAGCAGGGCUUCCUCAGGUCGCUGUGCCAGUACGCCCGCGAGUGGGCGGUGUACAUUCCCGAGGAGUCCGUCGCCACGCGCCUGGCCGACUCGUGCGCCUGGCUGACCAACCCCACCAUCAUGGCGGUCUUCCAGAAGAAGACCGGCCUGGUGGCUCAGAACCAGGCCGUGCCGGAUGACAAGAAGCAGGAGUUCACGCAGCAGAAGCGGCGGCAGCUGCUGGCGCUGGCGGCGGAGGAGGCGCGGCAGCGCGCGGCUGUCACGGCGACGGCUUGAGCGGGUGGUGGUGUGGGCUGAGGGUGUGCGUUUGAGUGAAUGGUUGGGUGACUGGAUGGGUGGGUGGACAAACGGUAGUAGCAGGGGUUGGCGUGGAGGCAUAGGUUAGGGCAGGGUGUAAAGCGUAGAUGCGGAUCGUGGGACAAGCAAAUAAGCAGGUUGAGGUGCAUCAGAGGCUGCAUGAGUCCGCUGGUGGUGUGGAUGCGUGUCUUUGCGAUCACGUAGUAACUCUAGGGUUUCAGCUUACAGCUAAGCAGGGAUGCAGGCCAAUGGAUCGGUGCGCGAUGGCAUCCACCCCCUUGACGGUACGGAAAGGGUGGUUGGGCGUGUUCAGAGCAGCGUUUGUCGAAUACCGUGUGUUGCGCGAGUUGGCAUGUCCGAGCAUUGAUGUGCCCUUGGUGUGCCGUGUACGGGUGGGUGGCUGGAUUAGUGCGCGCGGCGUACCGCGAGAAUUGAGGGCAGGGGGAUUCGAGAGUCGAGCACGUGCUGGGCGGAGACGCGAGCGAUUGUAUCUUGACAGCGCUGUGGGCUGACGCGCGGGGUCACGGUCGCAGAAACGUUCUCUGCUGCAGAUUCUUAGACAGUCGGAGGGGCGGCCAAGUGCUGAGCCUGCUGCAUGUGCCGUGACUGCAGUCUGUGGGUUGGCUGUGUUUACCCUCUCUAACUAGGUGGGGCCGCCUGUGAGCGGGUGUUGAUGGGGGUGAGCCCGAGGGGUGGCCGUGACGUCACGUGUGUGUGAGUGGGCGUUAGUGCGUGUUACUUGCAAUUGUUGUGAAACGCAUGACAACAGCAACAGGCAACGCCCUGGCAGUCUUUGCCGCGUAUCUGUGGGUCGUGGCGCACUGGCGUGGGGCUAUGAAUAAGAAAAGAGGCACGGGAUGGAGAUGCACUGGAGUUGCCAAGGGGACCUGGUGCGGGUGGGACAUAUGGGCGUAGCGGCGCCUGCAGCUGCGUCGCUGGGCGGGGCAGGCGCUCAUAAUCCUUCACGGGAGGAGCGCGCCCCUUGGCCAUGCUUGUCGUGACAGCACCUUGCAUGCGUUGGUUGCCAACGUGUACAUACAUCUCUUGUGCGAGAUGUGCAGGCUAGGACUGAUAAUGUGAGCGUGGAUAUGUGAGCGGGUCCGCAACGGACCAGCGCCUAACUGGUGGCGUAUGACACACCGUUUCGGUCGAAGUCCGACCUGUUAACGAUUCU